UCCUCCUCCCAGGUGCCAUUUUCUGGCUUCCCGCUGUCUCGCUUCCCGCUGGCGGAAGAGAGACAUCGGGAGGCCCGAAAAUGGUAGGGAGGAGGCGGAAGGGGCACACGCCUGUUCCGCCUUCUCCCUCGCCCCCAUGCCUGGCGAAAUCGCGCUGCAUGCCACCUGUGGCACGCGUGCAACGCAUUUACCAUCAUGGCACUAGGGUAAGUAAAGCAAGGUUUCCUACCUACCCUCUGCCAUGUUCCCAAACAACCUUGGGGUUAUCCUAAAUCUAAUAACUGUUUUGUAAAUCCAAAGUUUAAACAAUCAGUCAUUCCAGAAUCCCACUGCGGGUUCUGUUCAGAGCAUCAGGUCUUUCUUACUUGCAAGAUAUCACCAAGUAUUCCUAGAACCUAGCUAUCAGGUAUAAAUAUCAGUCCCAAUUCUGUGAGCACAGAGAGUCUUCUUUGCUCACUGUGUCGUCCUUGGAUUUUGUCUGAGCCAUCCCUCGCUUUCUGUGGAUCUGUCUGCAGGACUGAAGGGAAAGGCUGUCCUCCUCCCAUCGAUGAGCUAGGCGCUCUGCUCGCCUCCCUUGGGUUCGUCGAUCGAUGAUCUUGGCGCUCUGCUGACCGCCUCUGCUUUUUUGCCCAUUGCGCCUGCGCUGUGCGCGGCAAGAUGGCGGCCGCGCCGGGAGGGCUGCAAGAAGAAGCGCUGAAGCGGAAGGAGCGGCUGAAAGCGCUGCGGGAGAGGACCGGGGCAGCAGCCAGGCAGAAUAAAGAUGAAGCUGCGCCAGAAGCCAAACAGUUCAGAAGUGACAACGAAGAGGAAGAGACACCAAAGUACAAGGAGCUCAAGUUGCGGAAUUAUACUCCAGAAGAUGAAGAACUCAAGGGUCGGACGGUGCCUCAAGCCAAGCCUGCCUCAGUGGAAGACAAGGUGAAAGAUCAGCUGGAGGCGGCCAAGCCAGAACCGAUCAUCGAAGAAGUGGAUUUGGCAAAUCUUGCACCCAGAAAACCUGACUGGGACUUGAAGCGAGAUGUAGCCAAGAAGCUGGAGAAGCUCGAGAAGCGAACACAGAGGGCAAUUGCUGAGCUAAUACGAGAAAGGCUAAGAGGCCAAGAGGAGAACUUGGCAUCGGCGGUUGACUCGGCAAAACAGGACGGAAGUGAUUCGGACUGAAGUUCCCCUUCAAGCCAAGUUGGGAAACCUUCUCGUGAUCCUCUUGGGUUUGGCUCAGGUGGUCAGUGAAGAAAUUUCCCACAGUUUCCUCUGCUUACAGGGCUUUGUUGAAACAAGAGGGCCAGGCAUAUUUGAUUCAGAUCCACAAAAUAUAAAGGCAUGCUGAUGUGUAUGUGAAACCCAUAGCAGGGAGACAAAAGUGUGAGGCAUCUCAGGGAGUUGUUUUUAUGUAGGAAAACCUCGGGGAGACCAAGGCGAAAAGGAAGAUAAAAGGACUGAAGAAGUGAAUUGCAAUUACUUUCAGACCUGUGUCCAGGGGAGAUAACAUCCGCCCACAGAAAUGAUUGAACAAUGCCAGAAGAAAGCCUAAGGAAUCACUGUAAAAGCAGAUAACCCCAAUUUGAGAAAUUGCUGGGUAGGCGGCAGCCCCUUGAAAUUAUCUCACAUGUGUUACAGGUAAUUGGCAAGCUGAAUAAGUCCAUGAGCAGAACUUGGAAAACUUGAUUUUGUACACUACAACUCCCAGAAUACUCCACCCUGCAUGGCCAGUGGCCAUGCCAGCUGGGAGAGCUGUGCUGAUGAGCAGGACUUUGCAAACCUGUUUGCUGUAGUAAGUGCUCAGUAGCCAAUUCCAUGUGUGCUCAGAGGGUGCCUUUUCAAAAUAACUACAACAAUCCAGCAACAACUGAAUGUGGUGACUGUUACAGGAGGCAAUGAAAUGCAGUUUGGGCUCCCCCAGAUUUGAGCAGAGCACACCUUCCUGAUGAUUUUGACUUCUUCUGAAUGCCUUUGCCUACCCAAAACGCCAGGCCUCAGCUGCAAGAGAUCUCCUGACUGAUCUGUUCCCCCUCCACAGCAAAAAUAGACCACUACAGACUGUGAAACCAUCUCUCAAGGGGGACAAUGUGCUAAAACAGCAAGAUGUCUUUUUAAAAUAAUCUUUGUUCAAGAAACACAAAACAAAUACACAAACUUUUAAAAUAAACAGCAAACAUUAAUAAAAGAGAAUCCUCCAUUCCAACCAUAUCCCAUUAUAUCAUUCCUAUGGUACCCUUCCUAUCGGUCUUAAACUUAUCUUUUAUCUUAGUUUCCUAAAUCCCAUUCACAUCUAAAAUCUAAUAUCUUAGUCUUCUAAUGGAAAUCACAUCUAAGAUGCUAUUCAGACUUCCAUAUUCCUUCUAACAUACUUUAAACCACUAUCCCUCCUUAACCCUCUUUCCAACUUUUUUCAUAUUUCAUGCCUCUUCCAUAUACCUUCUACUUUCCCCCUUCUCUUUCUCAUCCCUUCUUUGAACAGCAAGACGUCUUUGAACAUCCACUCUGUGAUCUAAGUCCUUCCCUACACUUCCACCCUUUCAGGCCUUGGUGGACCUGAGUUGGCCUUUUAGGUGGCCCUGGCAUUGAGGUGGUGCAACUGGUUGCCUUGGCAGGAGCUCCUGUCCUCUUAGUGUGGUGCAGUUGAAAAAACACGAUCCUCCUUCCUCUUGGUGUUCUAGUGACAGUCAUAGAAUGGCCCCUGCUACAUUUGGCAUGUGAAAGAGGGGCAGUAUUACUUUGUGGGUCCCCUGAACCAGUUCUGAACGGAGAAGACAAGAGAGGAAAGAAGACCUCUGAUGUCUUUUGUCGUAGUUUAACAGCCAAGCAGUCCUAGAAGAAAACCUCUCUCAUAUUGUUGCCUUGAGAUGUUAAGUUUGCAUCUUAACAUCUCAAAGCAACUUGGAAUAUAUGUAUGUGUAGACACACACACACACACACACCCCUAUGCCACUCCUUGAGAUCUAAUUUUUAUUCUCAGACCAAAUUGUACUGAUUAAUAUGGAAUUAUUUUUUUAUAAUAAAAAGCUACAAAAGUGA